AUGACAUGGCAGGACAAGUGUUUAGUGACGAUUUUAUCAACCAAUGUCGAUCCACAGCCUGAACUUUUCGGUCCUUUGGAUGAGCGCACAGCUAAAACCUGCAAUAAGUUUAUGAACGGUGUAGACGUAAAUGACCAAUAUAGGAGCUACUACCCUGUAGGAGCUCAAUCUAAAAAGUGGUGGAAAUAUUUGGCUUGGUUUUUCGUGAAUAUUUCGAUUGUAAACGGUUUUAUUUUACAAAUUUUGCAGACCGAUCGACGCCGUCGCCUAAAACAUUUAGAUUUCUGUCUUGCUUUGGCAAGGCAACUUAUUUCGACCUAUAACGGCUACAAGAGAAUUUCUAGUGGUCCACCUAGCCGUAAAAAAGAUGUUCCAGUGGGUAGAAAUGUCAAGGGCCAUAGCUUAGUGAAGUCUUCAGAGCGAAGACGAGCGUGUGUGAUGUGUGCAAAAGCUGGAAGGAAGUGUGCAUCGGGAAGAACCUUUGAAAGUGUGUAUAAGUGUGCUCAGUGUAAUGUAAAUCUUUGUAGAGAGUGUGCAUGUUUUAUGGAAUGGCAUCAAUAA